GAGAGCGGGUCUGCGGGGCUCCCGCGGGCGCCUGGGGAUGUCCGCGAGAUGACGCCCCUUCCAGCGGGGACGCGGCCCUCGGGUGCGGUUCCGAGAGGGCCCUGGGCCCCUGGGACGGGCCGGCCCUAGGAUGGGCAAUGCCGCCGAGGCCCAGACGCCCGCCAGGCAGAGCCCCGGCAGCCCCUGGAGGCAAGACUCCCAGCGUUCCCACCUCUCGUCCUUCACCAUGAAGCUCAUGGACAAGUUCCACUCGCCCAAGAUCAAGCGGACGCCGUCCAAGAAGGGGAAGCCCGCCGAGGUGUCGGUGAAGAUCCCCGACAAGCCGGUAAACAAAGAGGCGGCAGCCAGACCCCUCCCCGAGCGCUGCGCCCCCCCCCUGGACCUGGAGCCGCAGGCAGUAGAGUUUAUGUCCGCCAGUGAUCAGAGGCAGAAGAACCAGAGCUGGCUGGGAGAGAAGGAGAAGGAGGUGGUCAGUGCCUUGCGCUACUUUAAGACCAUCGUGGACAAGAUGGCCAUCGACAAGAAGGUCCUGGAGAUGCUGCCCGGCUCGGCCAGCAAGGUGCUGGAGGCCAUCCUGCCCCUGGUGCAGACUGACCCCCGCAUCCAGCACAGCUCGGCCCUGUCCUCCUGCUACAGCCGCGUGUACCAGAGCCUCGCCAACCUCAUCCGCUGGUCCGACCAGGUCAUGCUGGAGGGCGUGGACUCGGACGACAAGGACAUGGUGACCAGCGUGAAGGGGGUCAUCAAGGCAGUGCUGGACGGAGUGAAGGAGCUGGUCAAGCUGACCAUCGAGAAGCAGGGGCACCCGUCCCCCACCAGCCCGGCGAAGCCCAGCCCCCCGGCCUGCAGGUCUGAAGGCAGCCAGCCCGAGCUGCCGCUGACUGACCGGGAGAUGGAGAUCCUGAACAAGACGGCCAGCCUGUCCCCGCCCCCCGAGCUGCUCCCCGACGCCGUGGACGGGGAGGCCGCGCCCCCCAAGCCCCCCUUACCCGGCAUCCGCGUGGUGGAUAACAGCCCCCCGCCCGCACUGCCGCCCAAGAAGCGCCAGUCGGCCCCGUCCCCAACACGCGUGGCCGUCGUGGCCCCCAUGAGCCGGGCCACCAGCGGCUCCAGUUUGCCGGCCGGCAUCAACAGGCAGGACUUCGACGUGGACUGCUACGCGCAGCGGCGGCUGUCGGGCGGCAGCCACUCGUACGGGGGCGAGUCCCCGCGCCUCUCCCCCUGCAGCAGCAUGGGCAAGCUCAGCAAGUCGGACGAGCAGCUGUCCUCGCUGGACCGGGACAGCGGGCAGGGCUCCCGGAACACCAGCUGUGAGACGCUCGAUCACUACGACCCCGACUACGAGUUCCUGCAGCAGGACCUCUCCGACGCCGACCAGCUGCCCCCGCAGGCGGCCUGCGGCCUCAGCCCGCUGCCCGAGUCCUCGGGGGAGGCCGGCCCGCCCUGCCCCGGGCCCCGCGUCCCGCUGCCCCCCGACCUGCCCCCGGCCCUGCCCCAGAAGAAGCGCCGGAGCGCGGCCUCGCAGACGUCGGAGGGCUCGGGGGGCCGCGCGGCCUGCGAGCGCCACCCGUCCCAGUACGACAACGUCCCCGAGGCCGAGCUGCACAGCCCCGGCGCCUUCCCGCCCUUCGCCGCCGUGGCCCCCUUCCAGCAGGGCGCGGCCCCCAGCCCCGCCGAGUUCGUGGGCGACUUCACGGUGCUGGAGCCCACGGGCGACCCCGAGAAGCCGCCGCCCCUCCCGGAGAAGAAGAACAAGCACAUGCUCGCCUACAUGCAGCUGCUGGAGGACUACUCGGAGCCGCAGCCGUCCGUGUUCUACCAGACGCCGCAGAGCGAGCACGUGUACCAGCAGAAGAACCGGCACCUCAUGGAGGUCUAUGGCUUCAACGACUCCUUCAGCGGCGACGGCCCCCAGGAGCUGGCCCCGCCCCCCGCCCUGCCCCCCAAGCAGCGGCAGCUGCAGGCCUCCUAUGCUGCCUCUUCCUUCUCCUCUGUCUCCUACACAACAGUGGCCUUCAGCCCCGAGGACGGCAGUGCCGCUCCGGGCCUCAGUGCGUCCGUCUCUAACUCCUUUCUCAGCCGGCAUGGCGCCCUGGCCGUGCCCUCGCACAAGUCCGUGCUCAGGUCCUACUCGCAGGGCUUCGUGCCGCCCCGCCGGGCGCCCGGGCAGCCCUGCCUGCCGCACGCCUCCUCCUCCUCUCCGCACUUCCCCGCUGUCCUCCCGUCUCGCAGCUCUGACCUGGCGGGGCCCGCGGCCGGCCUGCCCGCCAGCACCGCCGACGGGCCCCUCUCGGCUUCUCAGGAGAGCACCGUUCGCGGGAACGCUGUCUGCCUCCCCUCCGAAACCUCUCUCUCUGCCGCGCCCCCGACGCCUCCGGAGUCCCCAGCUGCGAGGGACGGACACCCCCGAGGGCCCGCGUCGGCUGGCGGUGCGGCCGGGACGGAAGGCAGAGACGGCGGGGAGAGGCUGCCUUCGUCCCCGGACGCCGGGGAGUCCGCGCAGUCGGAGGAGGAGGUGGACGAGCUGUCCCUCAUCGACCACAGCGAGAUCAUGGCCAGGCUGACGCUCAAGCAGGAGGGUGACGACGGGCCGGACGUGCGAGGGGGCUCGGGGGACAUCCUGCUGGUGCACGCUACCGAGACGGACAGGAAAGACCUGGUGCUGUACUGCGAGGCCUUCCUGACCACCUACAGAACCUUCAUUACCCCCGAGGAGCUCAUCAAGAAGCUGCAGUAUCGCUACGAGAAAUUCUCGGCUUUCGCCGACACCUUCAAGAAGCGCGUGAGCAAGAACACCUUCUUCGUGCUGGUGCGGGUGGUGGACGAGCUCUGCCUCGUGGAGCUGACGGAGGAGAUCCUGCGGCUGCUGAUGGAGCUGGUCUUCCGCCUGGUGUGCAGCGGCGAGCUCAGCCUGGCCCGCGUGCUCCGCCGGAACAUCCUGGACAAGGUGGAGCAGAGGCGGCGGCUGCGCUGCGGCCACUCCGACCAGCCGCUGGCGGCCAGGGGCGUGGCGGCCAGGCCGGGGACCCUGCACGACUUCCACAGCCACGAGAUCGCCGAGCAGCUCACCCUGCUGGACGCCGAGCUCUUCUACAAGAUCGAGAUCCCCGAGGUCCUGCUGUGGGCGAAGGAGCAGAAUGAGGAGAAGAGCCCCAACCUCACGCAGUUCACGGAGCACUUCAACAACAUGUCCUACUGGGUCCGCUCCAUCAUCAUGCUGCAGGAGAAGGCCCAGGACCGGGAGCGGCUGCUGCUCAAGUUCAUCAAGAUCAUGAAGCACUUACGGAAGCUGAACAACUUCAACUCGUACCUGGCCAUCCUCUCGGCGCUGGACUCGGCGCCCAUCCGCAGGCUGGAGUGGCAGAAGCAGACGUCGGAGGGCCUGGCCGAGUACUGCACGCUGAUCGACAGCUCGUCGUCCUUCCGCGCCUACCGGGCCGCCCUGUCCGAGGUGGAGCCGCCCUGCAUCCCUUACCUGGGCCUCAUCCUGCAGGACCUGACCUUCGUGCACCUGGGCAACCCCGACUACAUCGACGGCAAAGUGAACUUCUCCAAGCGCUGGCAGCAGUUCAACAUCCUGGACAGCAUGCGCUGCUUCCAGCAGGCGCACUACGACAUCCGGAGGAACGACGACGUCAUCAGCUUCUUCAACGACUUCAGCGACCACCUGGCGGAGGAGGCGCUGUGGGAGCUGUCGCUGAAGAUCAAGCCCCGGAACAUCGCCCGCAGGAAGACAGACCGCGAGGAGAAGACCUAGGCGGGCAGGGCGCGGCCCCGGCCCUCGGACGGUGGUUUGGUUUUGGUUUGUUUCCGCUUCCACAUCCUCCUCUCCCCUCCCCAAGCUGCUGAAAGGACGCGCCCCCGGGCACCGGACGGGGGGCCGGGGUCCCUCAGGAAGGCGCUGGGCACCCCGGCUGGCGUCACCGUCCCCCCCCCAACACCGAGAGGGCACCCGAGGGCCGCGGGCCCCUGCUUGCUGUGUGCCUUAAACGCCAGCUCGGCCCCGCCCUGCCCGGACCCCCGAGCCCUCCCCGCCAAGGCUGACAAUCGGAGAUGGGCCACGGGGGCUGGGCUGCGCGUGCCCCCUCGGCCCCGGGGCCAGGACAGAGAGGCCAGCAGCAGCCCCAGAGCCUCCGGGCGCCCUUCGCUGGCCGCGAGCAGCGUGGCCCGGCCAGGGGGCAGGGGCCGGGGGGCGGCCCGCCUGGCCGCGCGUCACUUUAUUAUUUAAUGAGCGUGUGUAGCGUCUGGGGUGUUGGCCGUGUUUGUGUGGUUAGUUGGAUCUGCUUUCGGAAGUCCUCCCAUUUCAAGCUCCCUCCUCCCCACCCGGGCCCCGCCAGGCCCAGCCGCGCUGACCGCUGCUCCGGGGGUCCCAGGCGGUGCCUUUCCCGCACCCCUGGGGGGGCCGGCCCCGCGCAACGACGCCACGGGCCGCGUAUCUUUAACUUAUUGCUGACCACGUCCGUCCCCCGCCCCCACCCCACGCCUCCUGGCUGCCCGGGGCCAGUAGGCCCCGUGGCCCGUGGCCGGUUCCGCCCAGGUUCCGUUGUAAUAUACCCCACCCACCUGGCCGGGAGCGAAUGCAGACAUUUCAGACGUGUGACUUUUAUACAGAUGGCGAAUAAACGGUUACUCAGCA